AUGGAUGGUUUGAUGUUUCAAAGGAGAAAAGAUUUUUACACCAGAAAAGAAUGUGAGGAAAAUCCUGGCAGCAGCAAUCUUCGUCAUCAUCAGAGAUUUCACACUGGAGAAAAGCCCUAUAAAUGCAGUGAAUGUGGGAAAACUUUUACUUAUUGGAGUAGCCUCCAUUAUCAUCAAAGUUUUCACAUUGGAAAGAAGCCUCACAAAUGUAUUGAAUGUGGGAAAUAUUUCACCAGUGACAUUGACCUCCAUUGUCAUCAGAGAGUUCACAGUGAAGAAAAAUCUUACAAAUGCAGUGAAUGUGGAAAGUCUUUUACAAGUAGCACUAGUCUCCAAUAUCAUCAGAGAGUGCACUCUGGAGAAAGGCCUUAUGAGUGCGAUGAAUUUGGAAAAUCUUUUAUCACUCAGUCUCAACUUCAUAAUCAUCAGAGAGUUCAUACAGGAGAAAAGCCUUAUGAAUGCAGUGACUGUGGGAAAUCUUUUACACGUAGGUCUUCCCUUCGUAAACAUCAGAGACGUCACACAGGUGAAAAACCUUAUAAAUGUAGUGAAUGUGGAAAAUCUUUUACGACUAACAGCUACCUUCGUAGUCAUCAGAGAGUUCACACUGGAGAAAAGCCUUAUAAAUGUAGUGAAUGUGGAAAGUCUUUUACAAGUAGCACUAAUCUCCAAUAUCAUCAGAGAGGGCACACUGGAGAAAGGCCUUUUGAGUGCAAUGAAUGUGGAAAAUCUUUUAAGUCUGUGUCUCAGCUUUAUGAUCAUCAGAGAGUUCAUACAGGAGAAAAGCCUUAUGAAUGCAGUGAAUGUGGCAAAUCAUUUUCAAAUAGGAAGAACCUUCGUAAUCAUCAGAGACUUCAUACAGGUGAAAAGCCUUAUAAAUGCAGUGAAUGUGGGAAAUCUUUUGCUGAGAGCACUACCCUUCAUUGUCAUCAGAGAGUUCAUUCAGGAGAAAAGCCUUAUAAAUGUAGUGAAUGUGGAAAAUCUUUUUCAAGCAGCAAUGGUCUCCAAUAUCAUCACAGAGUUCACACAGGAGAAACGCCUUAUAAAUGUAGUGAGUGUGGGAAAUCUUUUAAGAGUAGCAGUGGCCUCCAUUAUCAUCAAAGUUUUCACACUGGAAAGAAGCCUUAUAAAUGCAGUGAAUGUGGGAAAUCUUUUGUCACUAGCAGUGACCUUCAUUAUCAUCAGAAAGUUCAUUCAGGAGAAAAGCCUUAUAAAUGUAGUGAAUGUGGAAAAUCUUUUUCAAGGAUCGAUGGUCUCCAAUGUCAUCAGAGAGUUCACACUGGAGAAAAGCCUUAUAAAUGUAGUGAAUGUGGGAAAUCUUUUAGAUGGAGCAGUGGUCUCCAAAAUCAUCAGAGAGUUCACACUGGAGAAAGCCAUUAUGAUUGCAAUGAAUGUGGAAAAUCUUUUAACACUCAGUCUCAACUUCAUAAUCAUCACAGAGUUCAUACAGGAGAAAAGCCUUAUAAAUGCAGUGAAUGUGGGAAAUGUUUUGCAAGGAUCUAUGAUCUCCAAUAUCAUCAGAGAGUACACACAGGAGAAAAGCCGUAUAAAUGCAGUGAAUGUGGGAAAUCUUUUAGAUGGAACAGUGGUCUCCAAUAUCAUCAGAGAGUUCACACUGGAGAAGGCCAUUAUGAGUGCAAUUAAUGUGAGGUUGAGCCCUGACUGG